UCUGAUAAGAAAGUCCAAUUAUAUGAGAAAAAUAAAAUAAAUAGAUGAAUAUUUAUUAAUUGAUGUAAAGAUGAAAAAAAUACCCAAAGGCUAAAAUGUUUUAAUUAACAUUUGCUUUAAAUUGCUGGUGAAAUGAUACUGUAUCAAUGUAUUAAUAUAUAUGUUUAAGAUGAAAAAAAUAUCAUUUGAGAACUUAAAUUCAUAGAUUUGAUCACUAAUAUUUGGCACAAAAAGUCAAAAUGUAAGAGUAAUAAUGAGUAUCUCUACAUUUGAAGAUUAAUGGAUUAGAGCCUAGAGAUAUUUUUAUUUUACCAACAAUGAAUAUCAUGCGAAAAUUACGUGGCAGUAAUACUGCCACAUCUACAACUGGUGAAAAUUCUCGUCUAUUUGAAGAUGAUUCUGAUCAACACACUGCUCUUGGUUUAAUGCAUUUAAAGAAACUUUUUACUGAUUAUAUUCAUACAUCACACCUGUUAACUGAUAAAGAACGUAGUAUAAAAUUGUAUACUAUGAUUCCUUUAUUUUGCAAAGUUUUUGGCAGAAGUUCUUGUGCUGAAAUUAUUGAAAAAUUUUGUGACAUUAAUAGCUGGUGCUCAGAAAUGUCAGCCCUUAUGGUUGCAGAAAUCCGACAACGUGCGUCUAAUCAAUCAACAGAAACAGCUAGUAGAGCUAUUGCUAGUUUUUUAGAAAUAGAGAACUGUGAAGAAUCUAGUAAUGGGUGGAUGCUUUUAUCUACAUUAAACUUAUUAGCUGCAACUAACCAACCCUCUCUUAUAAAAAUAAUGGUAUCUGCAUCUCUUCCAUCAACAUUAGUAAAAUGCUUGUAUCUUUUUUUUGACUUACCUCCUUUGGAGAAUGAGGAUAAAAAAACUGAUCAAAGUGAUUUUACUCCAAAAGAGCGUCGUAUUUUGUUACAAAAAAUUUUUGUACAAAUAUUAGUAAGAUUGUGUAGUAAUCAUUUACCAGCUGAAGAAUUAGUCACUAAAGAUGAUUUAUCUUUAUUAUUCUCUGCUAUUACAAGUUCGUGUCCAUCUUACAAUGCUGUUUGGAGGAAAUCUUCUGCUGAAGUUCUAAUAACAAUUUCACAACAUGGAAUCACACCAAAAGUUAUACAAUAUAUUCAUGGAAAAAACUGUAUUGAAUUAUGUGUUGAAAAUAUGCGACAAUGUGCAGAUUUAAGUCCAUUAGAAGUAGUUGAUAUGUUUGUUACUGUAUCUUAUUUUUUAAAAGAUUCAUCAGAAAUAUCACAAGUAUUACUUGAUGACUUUAAUACAGCACAAGGUUAUACAUUUUUAUCAGACUUUCUUAUAAGUUUAGAAAAUGACGAAUCCAGUGAAGCCCUUGAAGCAAUGAGGAAUCUUGUUUUGAUAAUUGCAUCUCUUUCUAUGAGUGGUUAUAUUGAACUAAAACCAAAUCAAGAACAACCAGACUCAUUGUUACAACUUUUAGGAUUUACUUUACCUCAACCUACUGGGCAUGGUCAAAGUGUACGGAAUAUAUGUGCAUUCAAUGUUCUCCAAACUACAUUUAUUCGUUCUGAUUCUAGUGCGUUAUGUUGUACAAUUCUUGAUGCAAUAUCAAAUGUGUAUCAUUCUGAUAAUGCCAAUUAUUUUAUAUUAGAACCACAAAAUACAUUGCCACAAUUUACUGAACACAUACAUUUAAAAAAUCAACAGAUACAAGAUAAAUUUUUCAAGCUCUUAGAAUUUAUUGUAUUUCAACUUAAUUUUGUUCCAAUUAAAGAAUUAGUUUCAAUGGCUCAGUUAUUAAAAACAUUUAGCUCUACAGAAUGUACUAGAGUCUGUUUACAGACUCUAUUAAAUAUACUUAAGCACAAUAAUACAUUUAAAGAUGUAUUUAGAGAUGUUGGAAUACUUGAGGGGUUAUCAAACAAUUUAAGGAAUUAUACUCAAGACUAUCUCUCGGAUUGUGAAUCAAAAGAUGAGAAACAUGAUGGUGAUCUAAAACGUGUGAUAAACUUAACUGCAGAAUGUUUAGUUAAUCUUAUGAUGUCUUCGCCAAAAAAUUGUAAAGUUUUCAAAGAAUGUGGCGGUGCUCAAGUAUUAUAUAUUAUACUUGAAUAUCCAUCAACUCGUCAGUAUGCUACAGCUAUAUUAAGAGAAAUGAUAUUAAGCACUGGUGGUGAAGAAGAAAUGUCUACACUUUUAGGCACCCUACAUACAACUGACAAUACUUGUUUGCCAUUAAAAUCUAGUAUUUUAAAAUUAUUUUUGAGUUGUAUGAAGGAAAGUCACCGUACAAGAACCAUGUUUCGCAAAGUAGAUGGAUUUGUUUAUGUAAUAAGUGCAUUAGUGUCUAUGGAAGGCUGGUUUUCAGAUGAAAAAUGUGUAGAUCACGAAGCUUUAAAAUUUGCUUACCUAAUCUUUAAUACAAUUACCAUAGCCAUGCGUUUUGAACCAGCAAAUGCAAAAUAUUUUCACCAAGAAAUUUGUUUGACAAGUUUAUGUGAUACAUUACGAUUAUUAGGAUGUUUUUCAAAUGAAAUUCAACUGGAUGACUAUAUUGAUUUAAUAACUACAUCAUUAGAAGAAAAUGUUUUUCAUAACAUAUUUACAAGCAACCCAAUUAACCCCAUAAUUACUGACAAUGUUCCAAAGUUUUUAUCUUAUGCAUGUAUAAUAAUGAGAAUGCUAUAUGAUGUUGCCCUUGAUUUAUAUGAUAAACAUAGCAAUACCACUGUUGUAUCAUUUAAGUCACCUGCUCAUAGACGAUACAGCGAAGUGGCUACAAAACCUUUAGAUUGUCAAAAUAAUAAUCGCCGUGCAAUACAACUCAACUUAACUCCUCCAGCACCUGAUCCUAUUAUUGUUCAUGCAGGUGUUGUUAUUGCUAUGUUACAACUACUACCAUCAAUUUACAAUCCAUCGGCUCCUAAACUCUCACUUACAUUGCAAGUUUAUAUAGGUGAAGUAAUUAGAUCUUUAGUUCGUGGUGAAAGAAAUCAACAACUUCUAUGUGAUUCUGGGUUUCCAACUACUGUAUUAAAAGUAGGACGAAUAGCGUUAUUGGAAGAAACACAUCCACUUCAUACAGUGUUUCAGUAUAUGUUAGAACGUUUAGCUAUUCAGCUAUUAGAACCAAAGGAUUUACGAGAAUUUUUAAGACUUGGAGAACCCCUUUGUUGUGUACCAUUAGAUUUACUGGACUGUUGGAUAAGUCACAGUAGUAAAAAACCAGGUGGAACAGUUCCAUUAAGCCGUGUUAAAACACUUGUAUCGAUGACUACUCCCCGAGAUCCUUGUAUGCUUGCAUUACCACCAUUUUUUGAAAUGGAUUUAUCUUCUGAGGGUUUCGGAUGUUUAUUUUUACCCAGUAUUGCUCCACAAUCUCCAAUAAGUGGACCUUCAGUUGUUAAUGUUGCUACAUUAACUACUCCCGAUAUGAAUGUAAUUGGUGGAAUAGGAACUGGUGACCGGAUGUUUCCUCCUCAGAGUGGUCUUAGUUAUUCAACAUGGUUGUGUGUUGAAAAGUUUUCAGAACCAAGAAGUGAUCCUCAUCCUGUUCGGCUUCUGACCUUGAUAAGAAAUGUACAGAAUACUAGAGACCAUUUAGUAUGUUUAGCAGUAGUAUUGUCUGCUCGAGAUAGAGCACUUACCAUUUCUACCCAAGAAACUCCAAUAUCAAUGACAAAUGCUGAUUGGGAGCCAGAAGUCAUUGGUGAUUCAUGUGUAAGAAUUUGGUAUCCUGAUUUUGUGCAAGAAGGCCAGUGGCAUCAUAUUGUUUUAGUUUUAAAUAGAGCUGUAUUAAAAAAUUCAUCAUUUUCUUUGUAUAUGGAUGGCCAGCACGUGCAUACUCAAAAAGUAAUACUUUUAGUUAUAUUAAACAAAUAUGUAUUGUUUUUUUUUUUUUUAAUAAUAUUUCAGCUGCAUUAUAUAUCUCAAAAUCCAGGCGGAGGUGCAGCUAACUUAACAAUUGCAUCUUCUGUGUAUGGAUACAUAGGGACUCCUCCAAUUUGGAGAAAAUAUUCAAAACUGACAUGGAAACAAGGACCAUGCUGUUUAUUAGAAGAGGUAUUAAAUCCUCAUGCUAUAAAAAUUUUGUAUCAACUUGGUCCUCAUUAUUUUGGGAGUCUUCAAGCACCUGAUAUUAAAGAUUUAGAACAUAUCGGGCCUUUGGUAUCUGAAGAGAAAGUAAUUUUUGGAUUGAACGCAAGGGCAGUUUCUCAAUUAACCUUGGCAAAAAUAAGAAAAAUAUACAGCAGAGUGGAUAGCAAAUCAAUCGCAAAACAACUUGGUAUGUCAACUCAUGAAAAUGCUACUCCUAUUCGUAUAAUGCAUAAUACAGCUGGACAUUUAGCUGGUUCGGCUAGAAGUUUAGGUGGUGUUAUAUUGGGAUAUUUAGGAGUCCGCACAUUUUAUCCUCGUCCAGUUUUAAAACUAAUUGAUAACAUUGGAGGUUGUUCUGUAUUAUUAGGGUUAAUUGCAAUGGCAAGAGAUAUGGAAAGUUUAUAUGCUGCUGUUAAAGCUCUAAGUGGAGUACUACAUUUAAAUAUGACAGCAAAACGAGAAAUGGAACGUAGACGUGGAUAUCAGCUCUUAGCAUUAUGCCUACGUAGGCAUAAACAUAUGUUAAAUGCCCACAUUCUACACAUUAUACUUGAUUUAGUUAUAACAACUAGAAGUGUUGAAGCACCUACUAUACCAGAUGCUGUUGCAUUUAAUGAUUUGAUUUGCGAGUUAAAUCUUUGGCAAGAAGUUCCAGCUGGUCUUUUACGUUCACUUAUUGAACAGUUAUAUGAAUUAGUAUCAGACUCAAAUGAGAAAAGAAACAAUUUAAUUAUAUUAAGAAAUAUGGAAAUGGUUCGUAAAAUGGUGAAUUUUUUACCAAUUGUUUUUAAUACUUCUACAUCGUCAACUACAGAAGUGUUGUUUUCAUUACUUGGAGCACUUUUAGCAAAACAUCCAUUAACUGAAGAUUUAUUAUGUCUUGGACAGUACAUUGUGUUCACACUGAAUACUGGGCUCAGUACGGAAUCAAAUCUUAAAGUUGAAGAGUUUGAAACAAAAAUAAAGACCAUGGAAAAUAAUGUUGAAUUGACUAAUGAAGAAAAAACAAUUUGUCUAAUAUUAUUACGCAAUCGUUAUCUUCAACUUGUACAUUCUCUUUUGUUCACUAACAAAAAUUUAGUCUGUACUGGGUUUUGUGAUGAUCUUGUUCGAGUAUUAGGAUUUGACUGGAUACUGUUAUUUAUGCAAUCAAAUAUACAUCGUUCUUCAAUAAUUUGGUCGUAUAAAAUCCUUACAACUUUGUGUUCUGUACCUUCAUUAAUGGUUAAAUUUAGAGAAGCAUCUAGUAAUGGUGGUUGGUUGUUAAACACUGAGCUUUUGCAAAACAAUAGAGCAAAUUUGAUGCUAAAUUAUCAACUUUCUCCAAGCUUACAGAAGAAUAAUAAAGAUAUACUAAACAAAAUGGAAGCUUUGAACAUACCAGGUUUUCAACACCUAUCUUGGUUUUUAUCUUAUCAUACCGAACUUCCUGAACUAUAUUAUUUUCUUAUGGCUUUAAUGUUGGGACAAUCAGUUAAGACUAUUCCUAAUGAAAAAAAAUUAAAUCUUGAUGGUAUUUGGACUUUUAUGUUUGGUGUUCCAAUUAGCCAGUCACUUUCAGCUGUUAGUGAUCGUAUUGUACUGUGUCCAGAAGCUGUCACUGCUCUUUUGUCAACUGUGAGAUUAAUUUUGAACCAAGAUAACAGAGAAAUAAAAUAUGAAGAAUGGUUAGAAGAUCAUCCAGUUACUAUAAUUCAGUUUCUUUUUUAUUUGUACCAUAACUUAUCAGAUUGGAUGCCAGCAUUUAUGACAUCUGAAAUUUUACAUUCCUUGAGUGCAACACUUUUUCCAUUUACAAAUUUGAACUUAAGUGAACCAUCCACUCCAAAUGAUGACUGUUUUAUUAAAACACCUGAUGGAACUCCUCCUUUGACUGUUCAGAAAGAACAAUCAUUAACUUCACAUCCUUCUAGAAAAUUUGUUAUUGAUUUCUUAAGAGUAAUUGUUGUUGAUUCACUUCUAUUACCGAUAAAUAGCAAGUCAUUACCACCCCUAGAUUUAGUUCUUGAUGCUUCACCAGAAGGUGCAACUUCAUCUCAAGUAUCAAAGUACCAAACUGAACUACUAUCAACAUUAAUGGAUCAUUUAUUAGCUGCUGAUAUUAUGAUUGGAGAACAAGCUGCUGUGUCCACAGUUCCUGGGGGUAGCGCUCAAAAUAUUCCUCAAAAUGUUUGUUAUUUAACAUGUCGUGUUGUUGACAAACUAUGGCAGGGUGUUUUGAUAAAAGACGCUCAUGAAGUAUUUGAUUUUAUUAUGAAAUUAAUUGUUCAAGCAAAACGAAGACCAUGUUCUGUACCCAUGGAAGGAUUUUAUCACUGUCUUAAUAGAACAACUUUGUAUUUGCUUUCGAGAAAUACAGAUUCUAUAGCCUCACAAAUGCCAGUUUUAGAAGCAUUACAUAAACUUACCACUAAUAGAACAUUAGUAUUUGGAGCUGGCAAUCAUGAACUGGAUUUUAUUGGCUGUCUUAUUUAUUGUUUAUUGCAGUUAACAUCUGAUAUGAAAAUAAUAUUGGAUACAAAUGCAAAAACUACAUGGCAUAUUAAUCCAAGUCAAACUGCAGAAGUUGAAGAACAAACAGCUAAACAAGGACAUAAUUUAAUGGCAGUUGCAGCAAAACGUGUUUGGGAAGAAUUGUAUAUAUCUAAAAAACCAGCUAUUGAAGAGGUUUUCAAAAUUCCAUUACCAAUGUCACCAAAUAAUAAAGCUCCAGAUUUGCAUUCUGUUCGUGAACUUAUUUAUGAGAUUGCUCAAAAACAUUGGUUAACUUAUAUUGAUAUGGAAAAAAAAUCAUUGUAUAAAAUGCCGUGGGAACUUCAAACUCAAAUUCAAUCAAAAAUACAAAAAGUUACUGGUGGCUUAACUAGGCUUGCAUCCCGUGGCAAAGUACUUAGACGUGAUGAAAGCCGUUGGCAAAGUGGAAGUCUUUCAAGCAUUUCAUUACCGUUAUCAAGAAUUACUAAAAGUGAAUGGUCUACAUGGGCUAACCAUGGUUUAAAUGCAGUAUGUGAACUGGUUUCUAUGCAAAUGGCGCGAGAAGCUCAACAUCAAUCAUUUACUGUACGUUAUGUUCUGGAUCAAUGGUAUUUAAUAGAACAGGAAUUAACUAGGGAAAGGGGACUUUGGGGCCCUUUUACUUCAUGCAAAUUAGACAAAUGGAUAUUAGACAUGACAGAAGGUCCAUGUAGAAUGCGUAAAAAAAUGGUAAAAAACCAUCAGUUUUAUAAUCAUUACCCAUAUCGACCAGAACUUGAAUCUGGAGACAAUAAAGGAUUAAAGUACCGCGUGGCUACUAGUUAUGAUAGCAAAGAAUUUUGUCAAAAAUAUAAAUUACCAACAUUAAUAGAUAUGGAAAAUUUAGCUCCGCAAUCUAACGAAAACAAUAAAUUUCUAACACAAGUUGAUGGUCAAGAUACCUUUGACUUUGACAAAAAUUUAGAUGAUAAUGAAUUACCAUUCAAAGGAUUAAAAAGAGUUGUUAGAAGAUCAACAUCUGAACCAGAUGAUGGAAUGGAUGAUAACGACGCAGAAAGUGGAAUUGAAGACCAAGCUCCGCCAGAUGACAACCAUACAAUUAUUAGACUUUUGGAACCAAAUGAAAAAAUUAGUCAUAUGUUUCGGUGUGCAAGAAUUCAAGGUCUAGACACAUAUGAGGGUUUACUUUUGUUUGGUAAAGAUCAUGUUUAUAUUGUAGAUGGUUUUACUUUACUUAAAACUAGAGAAAUUAGAGAUAUUGACACUUUAUUACCUAAUUCAUAUGAGCCAUUAUUACCAAGUCCUGGAAAUGGAAGUCCAAAUCGUGUGCGAAUUAAAAAACAAAGUUCUAAGUUUUCAUAUGACGAUAUAAGGGAAGUGCAUAAAAGACGAUACUUAUUACAACCAAUCGCUAUAGAGUUGUUUUCUGCUGAUGGACGUAAUCAUUUAUUAGCACUACCAAAAAAACUAAGAAAUAAAGUUUUUAAUAGAUUCAUGGCAUAUUCGACAUCUAUUGCAGAUAAUGCUCAUCAAUCAGUUGCUGGACAAAAAAGAACAGCAAAUGUCGAACAAAGUACAAGCCUUCUUUCAAACCUUAUGGGAGAAACAACAGUUACCCAAAGAUGGGUGAAAGGCGAAAUAUCUAAUUUCCAAUACUUAAUGCAUUUAAAUACAUUGGCUGGACGAAGUUAUAAUGACCUUAUGCAGUAUCCAGUAUUUCCUUGGAUUCUAAAUGAUUAUGAAUCUGAUGUACUUGACUUUUCAAAUCCUGCUAUUUUUAGAGAUUUUUCUAAACCAAUGGGUGCUCAAUGCCCUCAACGUCUUGAGCAGUUUUUAAAAAGGUACCGUGAAUGGGAUGAUCCUCAUGGUGAAACUCCUCCAUAUCAUUUUGGUACUCAUUACUCUUCAGCUAUGAUAGUAUGUUCAUAUUUAGUUAGAAUGGAACCAUUUACUCAGCAUUUUCUCAGACUACAGGGUGGACAUUUUGAUUUGGCUGAUCGUAUGUUCAAUAGUAUUCGAGAAGCAUGGUUAUCAGCUUCAAAAACUAACAUGGCCGAUGUCAAAGAACUUGUACCAGAAUUCUUUUAUCUACCAGAAUUUUUGGUCAACUCUAAUAAUUUUGAUUUGGGAUGUAAGCAAAAUGGAGUACAAUUGAAUGAUGUAGUUUUACCUCCAUGGGCUAAAGAUGAUCCACAUGAAUUUAUUCGAGUACAUAGAGCAGCACUUGAAUCGGAAUAUGUAUCACAACACCUUCAUGAAUGGAUAGAUUUAAUAUUUGGCUACAAACAAUUAGGUCCACCAGCUGUACAAGCUUGUAAUCUAUUUCACCAUUUAUUUUAUGAAGGAAAUGUUGAUAUAUACAGUAUUGAUGAUCCAUUAAAGAAAAAUGCAACCAUUGGAUUUAUAAAUAAUUUUGGCCAAAUUCCAAAACAGCUUUUUAAGAAACCUCAUCCGAGUAAAAAACAACCAACUAAUAAGGCAUCAAUGCUUGAUGCUGCUAAUCCAAUUUUAAGUUCCAGUACUAAUUUAUCAUUGGGCGACAAACUUUUUUUUUAUCAUUUAGAUAAUCUUAAACCAUCAUUACAGCCAAUCAAAGAAUUAAAAGGUCCCGUUGGUCAAAUUCUCCAAGUAGAAAAGAAUGUAUUAGCAGUUGAACAGAAUAAAGCAUUAAUGCCACCAAGUUUCAAUAAAACUAUAACUUGGGGUUUCGCUGAUCAUAGUUUAAGAUUAGCACAAUAUGAAACUGAUAAACCAAUUGUAAUAUGUGAAAGCUCAAGUCAAUCUCCUGGUGAAAUAGUAACUUGUGUAUGCCCUACAUCUAAGACUGUUAUUACCGCUGGAACUAGCACAGUUUUGACUGUAUGGGAGUUAGAUUUAAACAACAAGUCUUUAAAAAUUGUGGAUAAUCUGUAUGGACACACAGAAGCUGUUACUUGUUUAGCUGCUAGUGAUACAUAUAAUAUUGUUGUUUCUGGUAGCAGAGAUUGUACAGCUAUAGUUUGGGAUUUAUGUACAAAAGCAUUUGUAAGACAAUUAAAGAAACAUAAUGCUCCAGUUGCGGCUCUAGCAAUUAAUAACUCAACAGGCCAAAUAGCUUCAUGUGCUGGUACUAUGUUACAUGUUUAUACUAUAAAUGGUGAAGAAUUAGCUAAUGUAGAUACAAGUGUUGGGCGAGCUGAUAGAAUGCAACAAAUACUAUGUGUAGCUUUCUCUCAAGCUAUCGAUUGGGAUCCUCAAAAUGUAGUUAUUACUGGGUCAUCAGAUGGAGUGGUUCGAAUGUGGUCUAUGGAAUACGUGCAAGUUCCCAAAGUUCCAUUGAAUGCUUUGUCAACAGAAUCUUCAGUAUUAAAAGAUUGUAGUGAUGAAAAGAAUAAAGAUGUUAGUGAGAAUUGUAGUUUAUUAAAAACAAGGACAAUUGCUGUUCAGAGAUUAGUCAAACAAUUAAGUAUAUCAUCAGAAACUAUAAAUGAACAAGGAUUAGUGAUGAAAAGUGGGUCUGAGAGUAGUCUAUCAGAACAAGAGCCAAAAACUCCUGUAAAAAAAAUUGGAAAAGCUGAUAAAAUUGUUUUUGCUGAUGAAAACGAUUCAACACCCCCAAUUCCAACUAUGAGAAAAAAAAGGGCAGUAAAACCUAAUCCAUUGCUUCGAAAAUCUGAAUGUAAUACAUCAAGCUCAACCGAUGAGCCAAAUAUUCAACAAGAAUCAUUAGCAGUAACUGAUUCGGUAUUAAGAUUAAGCAAAAGUGAAACUAAUCUUAUAGAAUCAUUUAUUAUUGUUGACCAAGAUGAUUUGAGCUUAAAAACUAAACCUGUUAGUCCUUUACAUAGAUUGAGAGAUGGGUUCCAAUGGCAACGUCAGUUAGUGUUUCGUAGCAAAUUAACUAUGCAUACAGCAUACGACCGUAAAGAUAACACUGAGCCAGCUUCGAUAACAUGCAUAUCAAUUUCAAAAGAUCAUCGAACUGUUUAUAUUGGUGAUGCCAGAGGACGAGUUUUUACAUGGAAUGUAGCCGAACAUCCUGGAAAAGGUGUGGCUGAUCAUUGGUUGAAAGAUGAAGGAGCAGAGCAGUGUAAUUUGUGUGACGUUCGAUUUUCAUUAUAUGAAAGAAGACAUCAUUGUCGUAAUUGUGGACAAUUAUUUUGCUCAAAGUGUAGCAAGUAUGAAUCUGAAAUAUCCAGAUUAAGAAUACUAAAACCAGUACGGGUGUGUAAACCAUGCCACACAUCAUUGCAGUCAGCCAAACACACUUAGUUCCUAAUAUCUAUGUUAAAGACAAUAGAAAUGAAUACUGAUCCAAACGACAAUUUGUUAUAAUGUUGAACCAAGGCCAAGAAUUGUAAAUUCUACAUAGUGUGCCGUGCUGACAAGUAACAAAUAAUUGUAUUUUUAAUUACCCACCAAUUUCUAGUCUAUAUUGACAUUUUAUGUGAAAAAGUAUUAUUUAAAAUUGUUACCAUAUAUUCUCAUAGCAGCUUGACAAUAAUUUAAAUAUUUUAUAUGAAAAAAAUCUCCAUUAGCCAUAGGUUUUGGAAAUAUUUAUGUAUGUAAAUAAAUAUUAUCUCCCAUCUUAAUUGAUAAUAUAUGAAAACAAGUAGAAAAUCUUACAAAAUUCUACAACUGUAUUCAGUGUUGUCCAUCUAAUGUUUCGUGUAAUAAUUCAAGAACAUGUCAUCAUGUUAUAUCAAUAUUUGAAUACAAUUAGUAUGUGAUAGUGUAAAUCUCCAUGAAAAAAGUAUUUUGUUAUAUUAAGUAUAUUACAUCCGAUGAUAGAUAUAUAUAGGUAUGUAUAUAUACAUUCAACAAUACAUAUUUUUUAGGAUAUCUACCCUGAUUAUAGUGUCAAACUACAUUGAAUACAAUAAUUUUCUUUAUAACUUUUUGGGAAUUAAUAUGAAUUUUUAUUAGAUCAGAUCAUUGCUCGUUAAUUAUUAUUAUUAUUUUUAUAAAUUUGUUAUUUAUUUGUUUUCUAUGUUUCUUUAAAAUUAAUGAUGAGCAAGUUUACCUAUUAGUUUCCGUCCAAACAAUUUUUCGCAGAUAUUACUUAUAAUAUCGUAAUUUUUCAAUUCAUUGUUCUUUGAUCAAAUGUAUCCAAAAUCUAAUAGGUUAAACUUAAUUUCAUAUUUUUAAGGUAUUAUUAUAUAUUUUUUUUAUACUUUAUAUAUUUACAAUGUCACCUGAAUUUUAUAUUAUUAUUUAUUAUUUAAUUUUAUUCUUUUACCUCAGUAUAAUUGUCUUGUCUGUUGCAUGCAUCAUUAAUCUAUUUUAAAAUAUUUCAUUAGUGUAUAAACACUAUAAACUUAAGGUAUAGUAUAUGAAUAUUAGUUUGUGAUAAACCUAUAAACUUAAAAAUUUACUGUAUAUUAUUAUAUAUAGGUAAAAUAUACUUGUAAAAUAGAGCACAAACAAACAAUAUGACUUUGAUGAAUCUUAUCAUGAUUAUUAUAUAUAUUGAUAUAUAUAUAACUUUUAAUUAUUAUUAGUAGAUACCUAUAGUAUGUUCUAAUGCACAUGAAUUUUUCUUAAAUUUUUUAACCAUUUUUUCACAAAAAAUAUUUAGCAUUUUUUUUAAAAUUUUUAUCUUUGAAAGUUAUAAAAUAUUACAAUUUUUGUAUCCAUUUAAUUAAGAUCCCUCCUUUUUCAACUUUCUCUAUUUCAAUACUCCUUUUAAAUGUCUGUUAUAUUACUCUUUCCUUUACACAUUUUAGUGCAGAGUUAUUGUUAACUGAUUCAAUAAUUUCAAGCAUCCAAAAAUUUAACAAAGUUUUUUCCAAAGUCCUACUAAUCUAUAUUGAUGAUGAUUUUCAUAAAAUGUCUCAAAUUUAUUAUAUGUUGGGUAACCCCUAAAGGUUAGGUUAAAACUUAAAAGUAGGUAUUUCAGUUAAAAUUAUCAGAAUCCUUGAAGUUUGUUCAUAAUUAUUGUCCUUAAUUAGUUUCAAUUUUACCCAUUAUUUCAAUAUAUAUUGAUUAUGUUCACAAUUAUUUAGGUUUGCUUUUCAUAGCAUUGUCAAUAAAUUGUUGAUUAUUUUUUUGUUCAUCUUAUAUUGUAUCUUAAUCGUAUAAAUCAGCGGUUCACAAAUAAAAAAAUAAAUUAACUUUAUUACGCCUCCCUUGAAUAAAUCAAACAACAUUUUUUAUUAGUAUAUUACUAUAGUAGUAUAGAAUAUAGAAUAUCAAUAUUUCCUUCACCCUCCCCUGUUAAAUGUUAUCCAUCUAGGGUAUCAUACAUAUGACAGUAAAAUUAAAAUAAUAUUGUUUUUAACUAUGUGGUGUUCAUUAAGCUAAUUUUGUAAAAACAAAAGUCUAAAAAAAAUUACACUUAAAAAGCUAAAAGAACACUAUUAUACAAUAUUUAAAAACCAAACGAAUAUCCAAAACUAAAGAACAUUAUCAAUAAUUUGGCAUCUAAAAAAUAUAGAUUACAAUUAGUUAACCUAAUCUUCUCGAGAUCUCAAAUUAUAAGAAAAAAAAUUCAAAAAAUAAUGAUACAUACCUACCUAUGUUGAUAAUUUAAAAUGUAUGUAAAAUUGAUAAAAGCAGUUAAGAAAAUAAAAAUGGAUACAGACAUUUAAAUAUAUUAGAAUUUAUAAUGAUAAAAUGUAUGGGAAAAGUCCAUAUAUAGUUUAUUUUUAAUUAAAAAAACAUAUAAAUAUUCAUUCUGAUAAUUUUGUUGAAUUAAAAAUGCUAGUGUCGACUGAAACAAUUAAAAAAACUAUAGUGUGUCUAGCACACAUAAAAAGACAGUGUAUAAUUACCAAAGUUUAGAAUAAGUAUUUAAAUUGAAAAAUAUGAAAAAAAUAGGGAAAAUCAAUUGAUAGUAGAUAUACAUUUUGAAAUAUUUUAAUACUUAUGAAGAGUUAAAAAUUAAGAAGAAAGAAGUAUUAUCUCAUCUUAAAACAGCUAAAUAUUCUUUGUCAAAAAAUAGUUAAAUUUUUUAGAUUUUUAAUGAUCUUAAAAAAUUAUUAAAAAUUGAGAAUUGUAAUACUAUAUUUUAAAAAAAACGUGUGUGUUGUAACAUAUCAUUGUAUAGUGUUUGUAUUUUCUAUUAUUCAUUUAUAAUUCUAGAAAAUAUUAAAUAAUCAUAUUGAUUAUAGAUACGAGGUAUAAUAAAAUAUAUGAUUAUAAUUAGAAAUAAAAUGUAUGAUAUUUUUUUAGGAUGAGAUGACACAUUUAAUUUAAAUAGUAAAUUAUUAUUAUACUUAUUACACUGUGAAGAGUAAAGUGUUAACAUUUUCAAUUCAAGACAAUUGGUAUAAUUAACUGAAUAAUUUACUUUAUUCAUUUGAUAAAUUUUAAUGAAAUUAAUCUGUGAUAAACAAUUGAAAUAAUGUGUUUUAAAUUAAUAAUUAUGUAGAUUAUAUUAUGCCAAUACAAAUUUAAAAUUUUGGAUCUUAAUUUUACUUUUUUGAACAAUUUAUAAAGCACAAAGAAUAAUAUUUUGUUAUAUGAUCUUAAAAACUACCAUUAUUACUACUGUAGUAUAAUAUAUAUUAUAAAUCUUCAAUGAAUGGCUACAGUGCUUUAUUUUGAAUGUUUUGAAGUAGAAAAUCAGAUCCACUGUUCCUGUCUACACUUAUUACUUAAUUUCUUUAAAACAAUUUAAAGAUAGGUCCAUACCAGAUCUUGGACCUUUAGCAUUUGUAUUGUUAUAAUAAUUUAUAUCCUUUUGAGUAGUAUAAUAAUCUAAUUAACAUAAUAGAUAAUUCAAUUGAAUUUCAUCAAUUGUUAUCACUAUUUGAACAUUUUAUUUCAAAAAUACUGUUCAAUAUUUAAAGUUUCCUUUAACUCUCAUGGUCCAUGGAUAAUUAUGUGCAACUACUAUACAAUAGUUUUUGGUUUUUGAAUUUGGAAACUAAUGAUAAUUACUAUAACUAAGAUGGUCUUAAUGACUUAAUUGUCUGCAUUAUAGGUGCUUAUUUAUGAAAUUCAGUCCAUAAUAACUUACAUAACAUAAAACAAUAGGUUUAUGUAUAUAUAUUAUUAAGUAGGUUAUGAUUUAUAGGUAAUAUUGGAUCAUUUAGAUAAAUAGUAUCUAAUUGUAUUAAAAAUGUAUUUUAGUUAUAUCUCAGUGAAAAUGUAAAAAUGAAAUUAUUUACAUGGUCUGAACUAUACAAGUAUUACAAGUAGGUACCUAUGUUAACAAAGAUUCAUCAAGUUAUAUUUGUUUAGUAAUAUAAUUAACAAUUAUACAGUUAUACAGUUUAUUGUUUGCUUUAUGAUUAUUAUUGUUACCAAUAUAAUAUAUUAUAUUAUUUGUAUAUAUUAAUGAGUGCAUACAAAUAUUUAGACAAAUAAUAUUAAUAUUGAAUUGAUAUGUUUAGGUAUACAGCAUUCUAUUAGAAUUGUGUCAAGUAAUAUGUAUUAUUCAAUAGCCAAACUUUAUAUAAAAAAUAUGAAACAUUUAUGCAUUUAAAUAAAUAAUCAUGUGAUGUCGUUAA